CCGGAUUGGAUCAAUGAUUACGGAUACUGCGCCGCAACUCAAGUGGGAAUAAAAAAGCAUCGAAAUCCAUAAAUACAGGCCGGGACUUCUUAUGACUAAGAUAAAAACGAUGAGCAAGCUAUGGGUGGAGCAACAAUUCCAAAAGCGGGAAUGCAUUCGUUACAUCCCCACCAGGGAAACAGGAAGAUGUGGCUGUGGUGGCAUGCUAAACAACCACCCGGCUAGUGCAACACAGGGCCUGUAUAGGGCGCAUAGCGUGCACAGUCAAACAUCGUCGCAAGCGUCAGCGGAUGAACACUGGAGUCCAACAAAGCACACGGCAAGUAGUCCAACGGAUGCUUUUGGAACGAUCGAGUUCCAAGGAAGCGCGCAUCCAUUGAAAGCACAGUAUGUAAGGCUCAGUUUUGACACAAAGCCAGAACUUUUGUUGCAAUUGCUCACCCGGGAAUGGCAACUAGAAUUGCCCAAGUUGCUGAUCACAGUGCAUGGAGGUAAAGCCAACUUCGAGCUUCAGCCGAAGCUAAAAGCUGUUUUGAGGCAAGGUUUAGUCAAAGCAGCAAAAACAACAGGAGCUUGGAUAUUUACAGCCGGGACGAAUACAGGCGUAAUGCGACAUGUUGGCGAAGCCUUGGUCAAUGAAAGAACCCCGCGUCUUCGUGGACGAGUGUUGGCUAUUGGUAUCGCUCCCUGGGGCAUCAUCGAUAACAGAUCCGAUCUUAUUGGAAAAAAUGUAACUGUUCCGUACCAUAGCAUUUCCUCUCCUAAAAGUCGUUUUGCUGUCCUAAAUAAUCACCAUUCCUAUUUCAUCUUGGUGGACAAUGGUACUGUGGGCAAAUAUGGCGCUGAAAUUGCACUCCGAAAGAAAUUGGAGAAGUAUAUAUCACACCAAAAGAUAUAUACACGGGCUGAAAUGGAAGCUUGUGGUGUCCCUGUCGUCUGCGUGGUUGUCGAAGGCGGCUUAAACACCAUUAGAACAGUUCUGGAGUACGUGACGGACACGCCUCCGGUCCCAGUGGUCAUCUGUGAUGGAAGCGGAAGAGCAGCCGAUUUGUUAGCAUUCGCGCACAGAUAUAUGCACGAUUAUGACUCACUGUUAGAAGAAAUAAAAGAGCAGCUAUUGAUGACCAUCGAAAGGACCUUCCAUUUGACCAGAGAUCAUGCUGAGAAAUUACAUUUGGAGUUACUGCAGUGCGUUCGUCGCAAAGACCUUAUAACUGUCUUCCGAAUGGGCGAAGGUCCGUGUCAGGAAUUGGAUCAAGCAGUCCUCAUUGCUUUGCUCAAAGGUCAUCAUAUGCCAGCUCCUGACCAGUUACGAUUGGCAUUGACAUGGAACCGAGUGGAUAUUGCUCGAAGUGAAAUCUUUGUCUAUGGACAAGAAUGGCCGCCUGGAGCUUUAGAUCAAGCAAUGAUGGAUGCCCUGGUGAUGGACAGCGUCGACUUCGUCAAGUUGAUGCUGGAAAAUGGCGUCAGUAUGCACAAGUUUCUGUCAAUACCAAGGCUUGAAGAUCUUUUCAACAGUAGAUAUGGUCCAAAUAACACACUCCAGUAUCUUGUUAGAGAUGUUCGAAAAAAUAUUCCAAGGCUAUAUCGGUACACACUAUACGACAUUGGACUUAUAAUCGAAAAAUUAAUGGGAGGAGCCUACAGGUCUUCUUACUGCAGAAGAAAAUUUCGUCACCUUUACAACAAUGUCAUGAGGAAAAUCAUCGCAACACCCACGCUCAGCCAAACCAUCAACACAAACGCCAUCAACUCUCCCUGCGAAACCGCAUGCCUCCGCGACCUCCGGUUUAACUACCCCUUCAAUGAACUAUUGCUGUGGGCAGUUUUGACCAACCGCCAAAAGAUGGCGCUCUUCAUGUGGCAAAAUGGCGAAGAAGCCAUUGUUAAGGCUCUGGUAGCUUGUAAGCUAUACAAGGCCAUGGCGCAAGAAGCAGCGCAAGAUGAUAUGGAAGCCGAUGUAUGUGCAGAAAUGAGAAAUAAUGCAAGAGAAUUCGAAAACCUCGCUCUGGACCUGCUGGAUUACUGCUACAGGUCCGACGUCCACAUCACCCUCCAACUUCUGACCUACGAACUUCAGAACUGGAGCAAGCACACGUGUCUUGGCAUUGCAGUGGCUGCCAAGCACAGUGCUUUCCUAGCGCACACUGCUUCGCAGAUGCUCGUAGCCGAUCUCUGGAUGGGUGGACUCAGGACGCGGAAGCACACCAAUCUCAAGGUUCUUUUAGGUUUGCUUUUUCCUGUAACAAUUAUAUAUUUGGAGUUUCGCAGUCGAGAAGAACUUCAACUAAUGCCGCAGACUGAAGAAGAGCACAAUCUAGAAAUGGCGGAGUUGGAUGAUGAAGUCGAAUGUUCCGGAGAAAAGGAAAAAAUGGUUCGGCAAACGCCUAGGCCUCACAGAGAACAAUACGAUUCUUACGUCAGUAUUCGAUCUGGAAGCGUCUGCAACUCGAGCACAAGGGUGAACAAGAUUGAAAACGGAAAAGUUUUCCCUUUUGAAGUGAGCUUGGACAGCGACAAACACCGCAUGAAGAACAAGCAGAAACCUCUGAAGCUAGGAAAGAAGAUAUACGAGUUCUACGGAGCUCCAAUCACCAAGUUUUGGGGACACACGAUGGCUUAUGCAGUUUUCCUCGUGUUCUUCACUCAUGUGGUUUUGGUGCGAAUGCACAAACAAAUGUCUUGGCAAGAAGCUUAUGUAACGUCCUAUAUUUGUACUUUGGGGCUGGAGAAAAUUAGAGAAGUAGUUUCCUCAGAACCUGUAAAUUUUGCUCAAAAGAUGACAGUUUGGAUGGAAAAAAAAUGGAAUCCCUGCGACUUGGUUGUUAUCAUUUUCUUUCUGGUUGGAAUGUCAUUAAGACUCAACCCUGACACGAAAGAUUACGGCAGAGUCAUCUAUUGUUUAGACAUUAUGUACUGGUACAUACGGUCACUAGAUUUCCUUAGUGUAAACAAGUAUUUAGGACCCUAUGUUACCAUGAUAGGAAAAAUGGUGAUCGAUAUGAUCUACUUCGUGGUGCUGUUGUUGGUAGUGCUGAUGAGUUAUGGCGUGGCCAGGCAGGGCAUCCUAAAUCCUGACGAAGAACCCUCUUGGAGACUGGUGCGACACAUCUUCUACAUGCCUUACUUCAUGCUUUACGGAGAAGUGUUUGCGGACAGAAUCGACCCGGAAUGUGGUGAUAAGCCUGGACAGCUACCCUGUAGGCCUGGUAUGUGGAUCAACCCAGCGAUUAUGGCCAUAUACUUGUUGAUAGCCAACAUUCUUCUAGUCAAUUUGCUAAUUGCUGUUUUUAAUAAUAUCUUCUUUGAAGUAAACAAUAUGUCUCAGGAAGUUUGGAAAAGCCAAAGAUUCAAAGUGGUCAUGGAAUACGAACAGAAACCUGUUCUUCCACCCCCGCUCAUCGUCUUUUCUCACAUUCAUCUGCUCAUUAAAUAUUGCUUCACUCGUUGCCAAGGAAAGGAAGAUUCGUUCGAUCAUGGACUAAAGCUUUUUUUAUCGGAAAGCGAUGUCCAGAACAUAUAUGACUUCGAAGAAGAAUGUGUUGAGGGAUACUUUCGUGAAAAGGAAACUCGGCUGCACCUUUCUACCGAAGAACGAGUCCGCUUUACGACAGAGAGGGUUGAAAUGAUGUCGCAAAGAGUCGAAGACAUAAAUCAUCGAGAAAAAGAGUCUAGCGCGUGCAUUAAGACUCUAGAAUUUAGGCUGACGAAGCUAGAAGAUUUAGCAGAACAGACUGCGGCUUCAUUGGCUGUUAUUCAUCGAUACAUUGUUACAUCAAUGGCCGAGCCUUCUUGUACUAAAGUACCCAUGCCUUUUGGUCACAGGAUGAUGUCAUCCAUUAACGACGAAUCCGAACCUUCGGAGGAUGAAGAGGAGGAAGAACGGAGGCGGAAAUUUGCGAGACUACGAAGUGGGGAGCCUCCAAAAAUCUGCGAGCCUUCCAAAGAAGCUUUGGUGCUAGAAGAUGAAGCUGGUAAUGCCCAAAUAAAGGCAAACUCAACUACCAAAGUACAGUUCAACGAACCUCGAGAUUCCGUGUCUUCGCAGAACUCUCUGACACCUCAGUACUCUUCAGACUCAAUGGACAAGUCCGGAUAUCUCAUUGGUGGGCGGCAUCAACGACGAUUGAGUCGCACGGCUAUCGACCGUUUGGGGUUGAUGCGGCAGACGACCGUACCUACGCACGAUACAUUCACCGUACCAUCGGUGGAUUCAGAAAUGUCCGAUACGCCCUCGACGCUGACGCGUGGCAGUAGUGUCUCGCAGGUGGAAGACGCGUAUUCUUCAAUGGGCAGCGGACUUGGAAGCAUUGGUUCCUUCUUACCAACAAAGCAGGCUGUGGAAAGAAGCGCAUCAGUUGCAGUUGGGGGUGGAGCUAUGAGGAGAAAGGCCACCGUUACCACCAGCGAAUGCAGUCUGUACCCGCCAGCAAGUGCUCUGCGACCGCAUCUUGGACUCACGAGGGGUGAAUAUACAAGCAUCACAGACGAUAUUGAGAGUUUUUCACUUUCAAGCAGGUACAACAGACCUAGGGCGACAUCUCCCCUGACGCACACAUUCAGUCCUUCCUUCUCGCGACAAAGCAGUGCCGAGUACCACGCCCUACUGUCUGUUGAAUCCGAAAUCCUACACGGCGCCGAAGAAGCGGACUACCACAUGAUGGAGGGUCUCAUCAAGCGGAGACUGCACAGGGACAGCGAGAACCUUACAGUCAGCCUAGAGGAACUCUGUAGCGUGAAAGGCGAGUCCGACUCGGAGCUGGAAGACAACGAGAGGCGGGGCUUCUGCGGAGGAAUAAGCCCCUCCCCAUCCGCCCCAAAUGUAACCAUCGACCCUGCUUCGGAUUCUUCACCCGAUGAGCCCAUUCCCAAGUCACAGUCCGCGAAUUCGAUCCAGACGUUGAAGACAAUUCACUCGGACAUGAAAGGAGGUGAAACCACUUGCUGAAUCAUUCCAAUGUUCAAUUCCAGCAUUUAAUUUUCAAAACUACACCGGAUGAUAUGAGUGACGGCAGGAAAUCUAAACUGGCGUGAAAGCAUUGUUUCACAAAGUGAAACGCUCGGUGAUCGAAAUGAACUAACACUGUGCGGUCUAGCGUGAAACGAAUUUUUUCUGCAACUGAAGAUAAUCUGAAAAUGCAACCUGCACUAACGUGUCGAUACUUUUCUGAUAAUUUUACAUUGCAUCAACGGUUCAAGUUUUACUUUCAGGUAGUUAUAAUGUGCUAAUGUUCAGGCGCAUACAUGUACUUUAAGUUUACCUUAAACUAAACAUUAAGCAAAGUAAAUGAAACAUUUAGUCGUUUUCAAAAUGUGUAUCAGAAUUAUUCAUAAAAUGUGCUUGUUUUAUCUUAAAGCUGCUAAGCACUGACAAAAUCAGCCCAAUUGAUUUUGCCAAAACAUUCAGUUCUAACAUUCUUGGUUCAUAUCUGUAAGGAUCGACCAAUGAAAAUUAUGGUAGAAUUAUUAUUAUUAUUUUUUUUUUUGUAAUUAGUCCUUGGUUGGUGCAAUAUUUUAUCUGAAUUGAAAUAUCUUUUACUGAUCUCUUGCCGAAGAAGAUGACGAGUGUAAAUGGCCAAUAUUUUUCUGAAAAGUUUUAGGCGGAAUAAUUGGUCGAAGAGUUUUAGGCAACAAAUGCGUAAAGCCUAAUGAAAACCAAUCGAAUUACUCUUCCAAAUCUAACGAAAACUUUUGGUAAGUAUGUGACUUAUGACUUUUAGAAUCUGUGAUCUAGACUUUUAUUAUUUCCUUUCACAUCAGAUAAUUCAGAACAAGAAAGUUAUUGGCAACAACCAAUAAUACAUUUGAUAAUGUAAAACAUUUAAUAUACUGCAAGGCUCAAGGUUGUCUUACAGCUAUGAAGCAGUUUCGAACAAAUAUGUUUGCUUAUCUGUGAUUGGACAAUUGAACAAACUGUGGAAGCAUUUUUACAAGUGCUUAUUCGGUGCAGGUGUUAAAUCAGAUAGUCAAAUUGAAAGCUUAAAAUUUGAAACAAUUGAAAAUAUUGAAUGAAGCUGAUCACACUGAAAAAAUAUUAGGUUCCUAAAAUGUGCAUAGGCAUUUACAAUUAGAUGAAUAAUAAAUGAACGGUACAAUUUGUUGAUAAAUUUUAAGAAUAUGACUAACAAUUGGAAUAAGGUAAUAUAACUAAUUGUGUGUAGUAACAAUGUUCGGAUUACGAAAACGUCUGCUAUUGCAAUUGAUGAUGAAGUGGUAACUGUUAAUUUGAAAAGUCAUGCAAAUAACAUGUUUAUUAUAUUAUUUAUAUUUAUAAUUUGUUGGUUUAUUUAUUUUUGUUAAGUUUUAAUAAAUAGCAGUUAAUACUUUUAGGUACUUAAAUAAUGACGGGAAUUUCC